AUGAAUGACCGAUGGCGAAUAGAUCCGACGGCGAAACCGCGGAAAAUGGUUCCUCUUGUUUGGCCGCCGGAAGGCAAUCUGCGUUGGAGCUGUGAAAGGAUUCGGUUGAUGGCAAGGCGCAGAGAGGCGCGAUUGAAAGUUCAUCCGAUUCGUGUGUGCCAUAACCACGACCGCACGGCUUCACCAACGAUCCAGCAAGUUAAAAGGCCCUCGUUUUCUGCACUCCGUCGUCCUGGGAUCCCCAGUUGGUCAAAGAUAUUCUUCGAACGCCCCAAAACAGAUAACCACGAUUUCAAAGACACAAUCGCGCGUCCGACAAGGCUUCUGCCCAGCGACUCCACUUACGUCGUUGUCAGAAGUCCUUUCCAGCUGCCACCACUCGCAAUCAACAGGUCCAGUCGUGCCCGCUCUCUUGAGUCUCACCGGCUCACCCUUAACCUCUCUGUCUGUAGAGAGACCAAUCUCUCGCGUGGAAAGACGGCGGCCGAGCCGUCCAACCAGACAAUUGUCGGUGUUAAUGAUUCGCCCUCCCAGAAGGGCCAUCCCAAGCGCACGAUAGUAUUGUUUGACCAGCUUUCAAGUUCAUCUUUGGGAUCAAAGCCCCUUGAAUUCAAUGAGCUCCCGCAGCAACAGUCUGCCCUUCAGCUGGGACGAGAUCAUGCACAGUCCUGCUUCAGCUGA